AUGUCAGGGUUUGAUGAAGGUAAUGUUAUGUAUAGUGGUGGUGGUGGCAAAAGUGGUUUAAGCAAAGCUGACGAAGCUAAAGAUGGAAAUACAAAAGAAUUAUUUAAAAGUUUUAUAAAAGAAUGGAAAAACCAAGAAAAUAUAUUUAUAUAUAAAGAACAAUUAAGACAGCAUUACAAUUUGGGAUGGAAUUAUAUAGAGAUUAAUAUAGACCAUUUAGUAGACUUUAAUCAAGAGUUGGGGGAUCGAUUAGUUAGUUCACCAAAUGAAUUGAUUUUAUUAUUUGAAGAUUCAGUUAAAGAUAUUAUUAAAGAAAUGAAUUUUAAUAAAGAAAGUGUCGAAGAAGAUAUUCAGAUUUUAUUUAAAAAUUCAGCAAAUCCAGAACCAAUUAGAAAUUUAAAAUCAGGGUUAAUAUCGAAAUUAGUAAAGAUUCAAGGUAUUGUUAUUUCCGCUAGUAGAACACAACCAAAACCAUCAACAAUGAGUAUUAGAUGCAAGAAUUGCGAACAUCAACAAACAAUAUCAGUUAGACCAGGCAUCGUAUCAUCAGUGUUACCACAACAGUGCGAAAAAGGAACCAAUUCAGCUCAUAAACAAUGUCCAAAUAAUCCAUAUGUAGUAUUAUCAGAUCGUUCAACAUUUGUAAAUCAACAAAUUUUAAAACUUCAAGAAUCACCAGAAACAAUUCCAACAGGUGAAAUGCCUCGUCAUAUAUUACUAUCUUUGGAUCGUCAUCUGGCAGAUAAAGUAACACCAGGAACACGUAUUAAAGUAUUGGGUGUAUUGGGUAUUUUUGAGGGUCAGGGUAGACGUAAAGAAAUUAAUGGUGCAGGUGGUACAAUUCGUACAAACUAUUUAAGAGUUUUGGGUAUAACAUCGGAUAAUGCUGGUCGUGACUCUAUGCAUUUUACACCAUCGGAAGAACAGAGCUUCCGUAAUUUUUCAAGACAUCCAAACUUACGUCAAGUCAUUGCAAAUUCAAUUGCUCCAUUCAUCUAUGGUCAUGAAGAUAUUAAAAGAUCGAUUAGUUGUCAAUUGUUUGGUGGUAGUGCCAAAUGUUUACCCGAUAAAAUGCGUCUUCGUGGUGAUAUAAAUAUUUUAUUAUUGGGUGAUCCAGGUACUGCAAAGUCUCAGCUUUUAAAAUUUGUAGAAAAGGUGGCACCAAUUUCUGUUUAUACAUCUGGUAAGGGUAGUUCAGCAGCUGGUUUAACUGCAUCAGUUAUUCGUGAGCCCUCCACUGGUGAAUAUUAUUUAGAGGGUGGUGCAAUGGUAGUUGCCGAUGGUGGUGUUGUAUGUAUAGAUGAGUUUGAUAAAAUGGAUUUGGAUGAUCGUGUUGCAAUUCACGAAGCUAUGGAACAGCAAACUAUUUCAAUUGCAAAAGCAGGUAUCACAACAAUUUUAAAUAGCAGAACAUCGGUUUUAGCAGCAGCAAAUCCGGUAUAUGGUCGUUAUAAUGAUAUGGCAGAUGACAAUAUAGAUUUCCAAUCAACCAUUCUUUCUCGUUUCGAUUUAAUUUUCAUCGUAAAAGAUCCAAAGAAUGAAAAACGUGAUCAAAUCAUUUCAAAACAUGUUAUUGGUAUUCACGAUAGAGGACAUUCUUCAAACAGUUAUUUAAAUAAUGCAAAUGGUAACAAUGCAGGUUAUUCAAUUACAAACACAGUUGUAGACGAUAGUCAUAUUAGUGAUAAUGAUGUUUCAGUCGAAUACCUUAAGAAAUAUAUAGCAUAUUGCCGUUCAAGAAUUAGUCCACGUUUAUCAGAGGAAGCGGCCAUUACAUUAAAAAAUCACUAUGUCUCUGUUAGAGCAAAGUCAAAAGAACAAGAGGAAACCUAUGGUUCGAACAAAGAAAAAAAGAAAAAGAAAAAUUCAAUUCCAAUCACUGUUCGUCAGUUAGAGGCUAUUAUUCGUAUAUCUGAGUCAUUGGCUAAAAUGUCACUUUCACCCGUUGCAACUAUUGAACAUGCCAAAGAGGCUAUUCGUCUUUUCGAUAUUUCAACAUUCGAUGCUAUCACAACUAAUAAUACUGUAAAUGAAACUAUAACCCCUGAACGUUUAGAAAUGAUUCAAAAUGUUGAAAAAUUCCUUAAAAAUAGAAUUCCUAUUGGUAUGACCGCUCGUAUAAAAGUUUUAAGAGCAGAAUUGGCUCGUUUCGAAAUGGACCAUUUUGCAAUUUUUAAAGCAAUCGAUAUUUUGGUUGCCAGAGACGAAUUCGAAUAUAGAAAUCAAAAAAGACUAUUAUAUAGAAAGAUAUAG